CUGUGAUGGCACGUGUCAACUUGUAAUAUACAUUUGUAUUCAUAACAAACGAGUAAUCAAUGAAAUUGUUGUGGAUAAUCUUUUCCAACCAUCCAUAGAAUAUUUCACAAACUUUUGGGAAGUUUGUUCAGUUUGUCAUCAUUUGUUCUGAUUACUGGGUUCUGUAUUUGUUUGGGUGAAUGUCCUAUAGUGAUUUUGAAAUCUGCUGUCAAAUCUUGUGUUUUGUUGUGCUUUAUUUCGGGUUUGGGGCUUGUGGUUUAGCUAACAUAUUUGAAGAAGUGUUAUUCAUUAAUACUCAAUUUCAAUUGCAAUUACAUUGUGUUAAGCUUACAACGUAUGUGCAUAAGGAAUGCAGUGAAAAAAUCUGUUUGUGAGUCGUUUGAAGCAUCGGUGUUUGAUUGUGAAUAUGCCUAGUGAAAGCUAACGUAAGAUAUUUAUCAAUAUCAAAAUGGAAGAACACGACUAUCGGAGUGUAAUUAUCUACCAUGCACGGAACCGGUACUACUACACGAUGCAACGUUCUGCCCUGGAAGCGAUGGCAAAGUAUACCAACGACGUUAGCUUCCGGUUCUUGAACGGUCUCGCACUGAUACUGGACGGGUUUCGGCUACAGGAAGGAAUCCGCGAGCUAAACCAGCUUCGUAACGAAACCGAUCUCGGUAUGGCGGUGACACUCUGUCUAAUGUACACGCACAAACGAUGCCACAUCGUCGACAAGGAAGAGCUGAUCAGCCUCGAUGCGCAGCUGAAAGAGGAGCGAAAGCGUUUAACGGCUCAAUCGGCAUAUUAUGCGGCCUUGUUUCUUCAUCUGAGUGGCAAAACGGAGAAGGCGAAAGAGUACGCAGAUAAGGCACUGCGGUUGGCACCGAACCACUCGGAUAUAUUGUCCCUGAAGGGAUGGUGCGAGCUGCUGCUGGGUAAAAUAAACAAUCAAACACUAGAGCUGUUUAACCGUGCGCUGGAAAUCGGUGGCAAGCAUCUCGACGCGUACCUGGGACAGGUUAGGUUUUAUCAGCUUAACAACGACUUUGAUGCGGCAACGGCGGUACUGAACCAGGUCGCGGUAGGAUUUCCAGCUGUGAUUAUACCGUUGGUCGAGAAGAUGAAAACGCACCUUGCCAACUGGCACUGGGAGCACACGUCCGAGUUGGCAAACCGCAUUCUGGCGGAGAAACCGGCCAGUCUGGAAGCACUUACAGUGAAGAUAAUGGUGCUGAUAGUGAAAGAGGGCAACUACACGGCAGGUGCGAGUGCGUUACAAUAUCUGGCGAGUUCGGUUGAGAAGAUAGAACCCGGGAACGGGGAGCUGUUUCUGCAACUCGGUCAACUAUACUCGGUCGUAUGUGGUCGGGAUACAAACGUGCUGGCCGAAACCUUUAAACUUGUCGAGCGAGCAGUCAAGCUGAAGGGUUCCAAUGCGGAGUAUCUAACAGAGCUGGGAUAUCAAGCGAUACUGCAACGAAGGUACCGGGAGGCAGUGGCCCAUUUUAAGAACGCUACCAAAGUAAACGAUAGCUCGAUCAAAACACUCUGCGGACUUACGCUCUGUCAGAUGCUGGAAAAUGGCGUAUCGGAUCAGGUGAAGCAACAGCUAGAGUUUCUAUCCGAAGUGCAGGGACGUACGCCGAACCCGCUGUUACUGUUUAUGACUGCUAAGCUGCACGCCGACAACCCAGCCAAAGCGACCGAGCUUUUGUUAUCCGCUUCCGAAGCUCACUUUAAAAAUUUGAAAGCAAUCCCUUACGGUCCCGAGUAUUUGCGUCUGUUUAAUCCGGACUUUCUACUGCAGCUCGUGCACGAGCUGCUGGUCCAUUCGCCCGUGAAGGGAAUGUCGGUGGGUACGCUACGUUCCACACCGGGUGAGCUGCAGCAGCAUCCGGUACUGCUGCAGGCGGUUAACCUACUCGAAUCGGUUGUGAAAGCUUGCCCCGGAUUGGUGGAAGCCGUAUAUCUGCUUGCGGUGGUGCAGCGUCUCGGUGGGGAGAUAGGGCUAGCCUCGGCAACGCUCAAUCGCAUCCUGCAAGAGCUCGAUCCGGCCUAUUCGAAUGCACAUCUGCUGCUGGCGGAGGUACACAUCGAGCAGAAGCAGUAUCAGCGUGCCGCACAGAAUCUGGAGAUAUGUCUCAGCCACAGCUUUAAGGUGCGCGAAAAUCCGAUGUACCAUCUGCUUUACGGAAUGAUUUUGAAGCACCAGCAACAGUACGAGGAUGCAUUAAAAAGUUUCUUUGUGGCGAUGAACUUAUCCGGUAUUGGUACGUCGGUUGGUAUUACCGGUGGUACGAUUGGGGUCCCACCUAGUGGCUCGACUACGAAAGGAUCCAUUGAUGUAGGUGGUGCACAGCAUCUCAAUAUAGCGGAUCGGCUUACGCUCUAUUUGGAGGUGAUUGAAACACAGCAAAAGCUUAACCAGCAUACCGAGGCACUGAAGCUGCUCGAGCUGGUAUCCACCGAGUUCGGUGGCACCACGGAGGAAGGUCGAUUGGUACUGGCGAUGGCAGAUUUUUAUUUGCAGCAGGGUAACCAAACGAAAGCUAUCGAACUGUUGAAGAAAAUGCAACCGAACCAACCGUAUUACCUGCAGGCGAAGACUAAGAUGGCGUACAUCUAUUUGAACCAUCGCAAGGAUCGGUUAACAUUUUCCCAAUGUUUCCGUGAGCUGGUAACGAACUGUCCGAACGCAUCUAGCUACCUGAUGCUCGGUGAUGCGUACAUGUCCAUCCAGGAACCGGACGAUGCGAUCAAAGCGUACCGCGAAGCAAUAAGACAGAGCCCGCACGAUGCACUGCUGGCAAGCAAGCUCGGCCGUGCUUAUGUGCGCACGCAUCAGUAUCAGAAAGCAAUCGCAUACUACCAGGAAGCGAUACUUCACCCGGAAAAUUAUCCGCUGAAACUUGAUCUUGCGGAACUGUACCUUAAGCUGAAGCAGUAUCAAAACGCGGAACAGACACUUGCCGAGGAGCUGAGUGGUAAAGUAAGUGAUUCUAACGAGCUGUCAGCGUUACAAGUGCGUACCAAACAGUACCUGUUGCUGGCCCGCAUUCGGGAAAAGGCGGGACAACUGAAUGCGUCUCUUCAGACCCUGAAAGAGGCAAGGGAUAAUCAGCUAAAGGUGCAGCAUCGUUUACUUCUCGAUCAGUCGGCUACCGGCAUACCGAGCGAACAGAACAAAAUGCUUGCAAGAAUAUGCGUCCUGAUGGCGGAACAGUCGCAAGCGAUACGCGACAACGAGCAGAUGAUACAUCAUUACAAAGAAGCGCUUAAGUACACGCCGAACGAUGCGAGCGUAAUGGCAUCGCUUGCCCGUAUCUACAUGCAGCUAAACCGUAUGGAUGAAUGCCAAGCGACCUGCGUACAGAUCGUACAGCUUGAUCCGAACAACGAGGUGGCGCUCGUGAUGAUGGCUGAUCUCUCCUUUCGACGGAUGGACUUUGAAAAUGCGGCCUACCAUUUCUCGCAGCUGUUGCUCUAUCAGCCUACGUACUGGACGGCUUUGGCGCGCUUGAUUGAAGUGCUCCGGCGCAGCGGCACACUGGUGGAGGCAGCCAGCUUUCUGCAGCGUGCCGAAGAGGAAGCGACACGGUCGGAUUGCGAGGCGGGACUCAGCUACUGUAAGGGGUUGUGUGAGUGGUACCGGGGCAAUCCUAACAGUGCACUGCGCCUGUUUAACUACUGCCGCCGUAACGAGGAAUGGGGCCAGCAGGCAAUAUACAAUAUGAUCGAAAUAUGUCUCAAUCCGGACGGUGAUCUGCCGUCCGAAGGUUCCGUUAUCGAUAUCGGGGCGGAUGAUCUCGAGAUAAAGGAUUCGCGUGCGAUGGCACUACGCACCGCGGAACGUUUGCUGAACGAGCUGAAACCCCGUCCCGGUGUGCUGGACAACGAGGCACUCAACCAUCGGUUGUUGGAAAAUUUUCUGCUCGUCGCAUCCCGACAGAAGCACAGUGUCGAGCAGGCGCUGCAAAACUUUACCACCAUCGCAUCCCACGACGAGUACAUCGGAGCGGUCUACGGUAUGGCCGUCACGCACGUGAUUUUGAAGCAGAGCCAGCGGGCUAAAAAUCAGCUGAAGCGUGUGGCAAAAAAUACCUGGACGUUCGAGGAGGCGGAGUAUCUGGAGAAAUGCUGGCUGCUGCUGGCGGAUCUGUACAACCAGGCGGGAAAGUAUGAGCUGGCGACGGAUCUGCUGAAGCGCGUGCUGCAGCACAACAAAUCGUGCACGAAGGCGUACGAGCUGGGCGGAAUAGCGUUCGAGAAGGAGCAAAACUAUCGUGCGGCGGCAAUGUAUUACGACAGUGCGUGGCGUUACUGUGGCAAAUCGAAACCAAACAUUGGCUACAAGCUGGCCUUUAACUACAUGAAAAACAAGCGAUACGCUGACGCGAUCGAUAUUUGCCAGCAGGUGCUAAAAAUCCACCCGGAGUAUCCGUCGAUACGCAAAGACAUUCUGGAAAAGUGUAGAAAUAACCUUAAAGUGUAAAGCUCUGAAACACUUUAUUUCGUUUACAGCGUAAAUAUGUUUGUGGUUUUCAAUUGAUUUUACUGUCCUUUUGGGACGACUUUUUGAAACCGAUCAGCAGCAUCUUCUCUCUGAUGGUAAAAAGGUCAUUUUAGUGAUUUUUUAAAAAAAGAAAAUUACCUCAAAUAUUGAUUUGGAAAUAUUUAAAGAAAAAUUAACAACAUUCAAGAGUACAUUAAAAUUGUUAAAAAAAAAACAUAAGUUGACGUAUUUACAAACCGUUCUUCGGAGCGUUGUUAGAAGCUGGCUGUACGGUACCCACCGGCAUUCCGUCAAACAUGAUCUGAUUUCACAAAUUUAUUCUUGUAAGACUACAUUAAACUUGGGGUUCCGACCUGUAAAGUGUUGUUAAAAUAAUAUUGUCAAAUAUUGAUACAACAAAUUUUAUACGACAUUUCUCAGAGCUUCAGGGCAAAAUAGCAAAAAAGAAUGAUUUUUCUAGCGUGUUGAUUAUAAUAUCUUCACUUAACACAACAUAUUUAUUUUGCCGAAAAGGAGGUCUUUCUUCAAAUGGAGUAUAAUUUUAGUAAGAGAUCGUUUUCACUUAGUUUAAUCAACUCACCAAUUGCCUUAAUGCACUCUGCACAGUAUAACCAAGGAAACAAUUGUUAGGAAGUACAGUUUAAAGUUUGGCACACAUUCCACACAAACUUUUAGAAUUAAUAUUUAUUCAUCAGUAAUUACACUACAAACUUGUAUCUUAGCAUCGCCGUCGUUAUUUUCCGAUGCAAAUAAACUAAAACAUCUUUAAUACA